AUGUCUGCUGAUAACACAAAUACAAAUUUUGGUGGAAUGAGGAGAAAAGGAGUGAAUAAUCUAUUCAGCAAGUUAAAUGCUUCUCGUGGCAAACCCGUCAUUGGAAUUGGUUGUGUAGCACACAUCUUUAACAACUGUUUACAAAAUGCGACGGACGUCUUACCAAUAGACGUCGAGGUUAUUGCGGUCAAGAUUUUUAAGCAUUUCUAUAUUUCUACAGUCAGAGUGGAGAAACUAAAACAGUUUUGUGAUUUUGUUGAUGUCGAGUACAAAAAAAUGUUGUCGUUUUCAAAAACUAGAUUCUUAAGCCUAAUGCCAGCCAUUGAACGAAUUGUACAAAUGUUCGAACCCUUGAAAGCAUAUUUUUUAUCGAUUGAUAAUUGUCCAACAGUUCUAAAACAGUUUUUUCAAAACCCAAUCAAUGAAGCAUGGAUGUGGUUUGUGCAUAACAUUGCGUCUCUCUUCCACAAAGUGAUUUUAGAUGUAGAAGGUGACAAAAUAUGCGCAACAGAAGCCGCUUUGGAGUAUUUCGAACUCAUAAAUAAGCUUCAAAAUCGUUUAAAUGAGUUAUAUUUACCGCUUAAAGACUACAUAGGUCCGAUAUUGAAUCAGGACGAACUGUUCGAUGAAGUUAGUUUAAUACGAACCAACGUUACAGAAGAUAAAAUCGUAGACUGGAAUUCGAGAAAUAUUUCUACCGAAGAUCGAUGGCUCGAAGUCUUCCAAAAAGAAAGUGCUUUGAAAAAUCUCAAAAUUCUAUGCGAGUUCGUUUUUUGUCUGCCUGGGACCAGUGCGUCGCUUGAGAGGUUGUUCUCAAAUAUCAAUAACUAUUGGAGUCCCGACAAAUCGCAGCUGAAAAUAUCUACUCUGGAAGCCAUCAUGCAAGUCUACACAAACUUCAAAGUUUCGUGCAAUGAAAUGUUUCAGUUCUUAAAGAGUAAACCACAACUUCUGAAGGAAAUUCAUGGUUCCAAAAAGUACGACUGGUACCAGAAUGAUGAUCAAAAUUUUCUGGCAGGAACGUCGAAAGAAAAUUAG